AUGAAAUCCAAUAUUUUCCAUGCAGAUGCACCGGCUCCAGCUCUCUUCACCAGCCCAGAAACCACUGAGAUUGAGGUCUACACCAUUCUGGAUGAGGAGGUGCUGUUGCCUGUUUCAGUGUACAACCUAAGGAAACAGAUGGUCCAUUUUCAUACCCUCAACCAGCUUGAGGUCCUCUCCAGCAAAAGAGGUCCAGGAAAGACACAAUGUGGGCUGGGACGACAUAAACAGAAAGAGGGAAUAGCUGCACCCAUGUCUUGGUUGCCCUGGCUCUUCGCUCAGUGGCCCUCCUCAGCUCUCUCCCUGCUGCUUCUCAGUGUGGUGGGCAGACGGAUGGGACUGGAGGUGGUUCAGGCGAUAGUGUGCACCCGAUUUGAUCCAGAGGUAUUACAAAAUGUAUAUGCCAUGGCAUUUGCGGUGGAGGAAAUCAAUCGUAACAACACCCUGCUACCAGGAGUAAAGUUGGGAUACCGCAUAUUUGAUAGCUGUGUCCGAUAUCCCUGGGCUCUGCAGGCUGCAUUGUCACUGGUUGCAGGAGACGAACAAAGCUGCAACAUGACAGCCUCCACGUCACAUACUGCAGCAAAUGAUCAACCCGGAGAGACAACAGAUUGUCCUCAUGUAAUUAUAUGUCCAAUGCUAUCUGCAGGUGGUCAACCUGUUCGUUUGCUCAUUGGUGAUGCCGCAUCAACAACAACCAUAUUUCUUUCCAGGAUCCUAGGGCCUCUUUCUGUGCCAUUUAUCAGCUACUUGUCAAGCUGUCCCUGUCUAAGUGACAAGAUUAAGUUUCCGAACGUUUUCAGAACAAUCCCCAGUGAUAUUUACCAAGCCCGGGCCAUGGCACAGCUGGCCUUACGAUUUCGCUGGACUUGGAUGGGAGCGGUGGUUGUCAACAAUGACUAUGGUCUUUUGGCAAUACAGGCAUUUCAAGAAGAGACUCAGGGGAAAGGGGUGUGUUUGGGAUUCAUAGAGACGCUCCGCAAAGAAACUAUUGAGAGUGAUGCCAGACGUGUAGCCCUCACAAUUCAAGCUUCGACUGCGAGGGUGAUUCUGAUCUUUUGCUGGUAUACAGAAGUAAAGAAAGUAUUUCUGGAACUGGCCAAGAUAAAUGUGAGCAACUGGCAUGGAAAUAAAGCAAAGACAGUGACGGACAGACAGUUUCUGGCAAGUGAGGCUUGGAGCACCAAUAGUGAUCUUCUCCGAAAUCUUGCCAUCUCUAAAAUGGCCACCGGUGUUCUAGGUGUAGCCAUUCGAAGUUCAACAAUAGCAGGAUUUGAAAAUUUUCUCAGAGGUUUGCACCCAAUUCGUAAUCCUGAUGAUGACUUCUUACGAGAAUUCUGGGAAAGCGAGUUUGGAUGCAGUCCUGGAGCUUUGCAAUUACGUGCAGCACCUCUCACUUCACCACUCAAAACAAGGUCUGUCCAUGUAUCUUCUGCCAAGGCGUCCUUUCGGAAAGCUUCUCUAUCACCCUGCAGUGGCACAGAGUCCCUGGAGGGACUGCAUGAUCCCAUCACUGAUACCUCUCAGUUAAGGGUGGCAUAUAAUGUCUACCUUGCUGUUUAUGCUGCGGCCCACGCCCUUCACAGCCUUCUCUCUUGCCCCGACACAGACAGCGCAACCGGAAACAACAGCCCCACCUGCUCUUCUCCAAAAAACAUCAAAUCCAUAGAGCUGUUGCAGCACUUGAACAACGUGCAUUUCACCACACCACAGGGGGAAACGUUUUACUUUCAAGGUGGUGACGCUCCAGCAAAGUACGACCUUGUCAACUGGCAGAACACCUCUGAGGGAUUACUCAAACUUAUUUUGAUUGGUCGUGUGGAUGGGUUUGACCUCCACCUAAACGAGUCAGCUAUUCAGUGGAGCACCGGAUCCAAUCAGGUGCCUACUUCAGUGUGCAGUGAGAGCUGCCCCCCUGGCACCCGUAAGACCAACAGGAAAGGAGAACCUCCAUGCUGCUUUGAUUGUAUCCCAUGUGCUGAUGGGGAGAUCAGCAAACAACCUGGUUCCCUUCACUGUGAGCGUUGUCCAUUAGAGUUUUGGUCCAAUGCUAAACGAACUGCCUGCAUCCCUCGCCAGCUGGACUUCCUUUCCUUUAAUGAAACUUUGGGCAUUACCCUGACUACAGCAGCUGUGUCUGGUACCAUGGUGACAACAGCUGUGUUUGUAGUGUUUCUCUGCUACCGUCACACACCUAUGGUUCGAGCCAACAAUUCAGAACUGAGCUUCCUGCUUCUCCUGUCGCUGAAGCUCUGCUUCCUGUGCUCACUGGUGUUCAUUGGUCGUCCAUCAGUCUGGACUUGUCGGUUCCAGCAGGCAGCUUUUGGGAUCAGCUUUGUACUCUGUGUUUCCUGCCUCCUAGUCAAAACCAUGGUAGUACUGGCUGCUUUCCGCUCAGCUCGGCCUGGCGCUGAAACCUUGAUGAAGUGGUUUGGUCCGGGCCAACAGAGAGGAAGUGUUUGCCUCUUUACAUCUAUACAGGUUAUCAUUUGUGCCACAUGGCUGUCCCUCAGCCCCCCUGUGCCUCAACGUGAUCUGGGUUUUCAGGGGUCAAAGGUCACCCUGGAGUGCGCUAUGGCCUCUGUGCUGGGCUUCUCUCUGGUUCUAGGUUACAUUGGUUUGUUGGCCUGCACCUGCCUUCUCUUGGCCUUUUUGGCUCGGAAACUCCCUGACAUCUUCAAUGAGGCCAAACUGAUCACCUUCAGCAUGCUGAUAUUCUGUGCUGUCUGGGUGGCCUUUGUCCCGGCUUACGUUAGCUCUCCUGGGAAGUAUGUUGUUGCUGUGGAGAUUUUUGCAAUCCUGGCCUCUAGCUACGGUUUAUUGCUCUGCAUUUUUGCCCCCAAAUGUUUCAUCAUUCUCUUGAGGCCUAAGAAAAACACCAAGAAGCACAUAAUGGCCAGGUAGUUUUCUGGCUG